AUGAUUCACUUCUCUCCCCUCCCCUCCCUCGCCUCCCUCUCCCUCUCUAUAGAUUAUGCCAAUUCGAGCAUGCAGCUUCCUCGACUGCCCUCCGGUGUCCCGCGCUAUGCAUUGAAUACCGGUCUUGCCAUCUUCAUGUUGUCGCUGGCGCUGUGGUUGAUCAGCGCUCUGCACAUUAGCAGCAUUGACAGCCUGCGCGGGAGACUGACUCAGCCUCUGCAUUUGGAUUCAAAUCAUCAAUCGACACAUAAGCUUGAUUCGACGGCGGACCGUCGCUGCCACGCAGUCUUGAACCCUCCAGAUAUCGCGGUCAUCGUCAAGACGGGCGCAAACGUGCUCUACGAUAAACUCCCCACUCAGCUCCUCACGGCGCUGCGCUGCGCUAAGGAUCCUCUUAUAUUCUCUGAUCUUGCGCAAACACUCGGUCCCUACCAGAUCUACGAUGUCCUGGACAAUGUCACCACAGCCGUGAAGAAUAGCCCGGACUUCGACUACUACCACAAACUGCAGGAGUACUACAAAUUUGGCCAGGACAUACGGGAACUACGUGGCAAUGGAGAAGCAGCAUGGAGGUUGGACCGAUACAAGUUCAUCCCCAUGCUCCAGAAGACUUGGGAAAUGCGACCCAGCCACGACUGGUAUGUCUUCCUUGAGGGCGACACUUAUAUUAUGUGGACGAAUUUGAUGCUAUGGCUGCGGCAAUUUGACCCGAAUAAACUCCACUACUUCGGAGAGCAGACCUACGUCAACAAUGAAGGUUUCGCUCAUGGGGGCAGUGGGUUUGUAAUAUCCAGAGGAGCUAUGGCUAGGGUGCUUGACGACGAUCCUGAUAUUACCACCCGGUAUGACGAGAUCGCACAGAAAGAGGCUUUCGGCGACUACGUUCUCAUGAAAGCUCUCAAAGAAAAAGGCGUUGAGUUGGGCUUGUACAAGCCAAUGUUACAGGGAGAGCCGCCGAGCAAGCUGCGAUUCGGCCCUGGGCGUUACCUGGGGGAGAGUUACUGGUGCCAGCCGCUAAUAUCCCUGCAUCAUGUGACUCCUGGCGAUGUGGAUGCCGUCUGGCAGUAUGAACAGCAGCGACAGGACUUGUCUCAACCGAUUCUGUUUGCUGACUUAUACCAGCCUUUCAUGGCGGCCCGCCUACCACAUGACAGCGAUGAUCUGGAAGACUGGUACAACCAUGCAGAUGAUGCCCACAUUCGCGCCCCAGGAAAAGAAAAAGACCAGUCAAUCCCACCAGGGGAGCUAACUCCUGUACAGGAACAAGCUUAUCAGUCUUUCGAACAAUGCGCUGCUGCCUGUGCCGAGUAUCCUCGGUGCAUGCAAUAUGCGUAUGAGUUCUCGGAGAAGAAGUGCUCUUAUUCGUGGUCAUACCGCUUAGGCGAGAAAUAUACUCCCACCUCUGAUGGCAAAAGAUAUAAAUCCGGCUGGGUAAAGUCGAAAAUUGACGGUGAUAUAGAUGAGCAUUCAUGUGAGUCCCCAAAAGGAUGCAACUGGCCGUUCGUUUUCGAAGAUCUGGCCACAAUUACGCUUCAGUGUUGCAGUAGCUUUGGGCUGGUAAAACGCAACGAACUUUUGGCAGGUGACCGUCUUAUUUCUGUGCUCCCAUUCAAGAUCGCUCCAAGAUACGUCAAGUUGCACAAUGAAAUUGCCCCGGGAGCCAGGAUUCUGCUUGUUCGGUCACCCGCUUCAACACUGGUCAGCCCAUAUGCGUGCCAGCGAGCCGCACUCAGACCUGCAGUGCAGUAUAUUAUCGAUAAUGUAUUACUAUGGUCUUUUAUCCAGAACAAAGAACUCAGUCCAAAGAACACCCCGCAGCAGCUCUCGGGGAUAGGCAGAAAUGGCGUCAAUAUUCUAUUACAUUCAUUCUCCAACGGAGGCGGCCUCACUGCCACUCAACUCCUCUUCCUCCUUCGUGAGGCUACGAAUGCGCCACUGCCACUGGUAGGAAUCCUCAUGGAUAGCAGCCCAGAUGGCGGCGACUAUAGGCAAAGCCAUAACGCUAUAGUUGUUGCUCAGCCUUCUACCAACCCGCGGAGAGCAGUAGCCUCACUGAUUGCGCAUGCUGCGCUACUUCCAGUGUGGGCGUGUUAUGUUGUUGGGCGACAGGAAAAUUCGCAAGUGGUGAUGCGCAGGGCAUUGCUGGACCCAGAAUAUGUGGGUACUACCAGGAUCUGCUAUGUGUACUCAAGGGAUGAUAACAUCACCAAGUGGAAAGAUGUGCACAUUCAUGCAGAGGAGGCUAGGAAGAAAGGAUGGUUUGUGGAUGAGAACAUAUUGGAGGGAAGUCCACAUUGCGCGCAUAUACGCUCACAUGGUGAGUUAUAUGCUGCGCUCGUGAAGCGAGUAUGGAGUGGAGCGAGACAUCAGUCGAAACUCUAA